CCGCCGCAUCCCUGUGGCAACCUCUGAAACCCUAGCCAUGGUUCUCCUUUCCGUCUUUGGUUCCUCUACCCUUCCCUUCUUCCUCCCCUUCCUAACUCCGCCUCCAUCUCUAACCCUAUCCCGAACCCCAAGUCAUCUUGGCUUCCGCCUUCAGCUCCGCUACCCUUCGAGGCCGCUGGUUUCCUCCCUUUCCCCUCCCUCCCCACCGCACGCCCUCCCCGCCGCUUCCUCGCUCCCACUUGGAGAGCUCGUGGAGAGGGACUGGUCCUUCGUCGAAGAGGAUGCCACCAAUUCCUACGAGCAAAGGGCCGACAAAGCCCGCCGCAUCAUCGCUGCCGCGGACGUCGAGACCAGCUCCAGGGUUCUCGCCGCGUUCCCGACUGCGAGCUUCGUCGACCGGCUGGUGGAGUCGGCGCCAUGCGAGCACAUGGUGGCGAUUCACGAGUCCCUCUUCGUGCUUGCGAUGAUCAAGGAGGGCCAUGAUCGGGUAAGAUGCUGGCAAGGUGGGAUCGAUGUCAUACCAGAGAAGUUUUACCCGUUUGAUUCGGUGUUUGUUUGCUAUUUCCCUGGGAUGGGAGUUACUAUCGAAACGCUGUUAGCCUCGCUUGCUGGCAAGUGCUCUCCAGGUGCCAGAGUGGUUCUCAGCUUUGAUCAGGGGAGGGAGGUUGUUGAGCAAAAACAUAAGCAGCAAUUUCCUGAUCUUGUUACUAAUAACUUGCCCGACAGAAUAAGCUUAGAACAAACCGCUAGAGAACAUUUGUUCCAGAUUAUAGAAUUUGUUGAUGAAACCACCUUUUAUCUUGCUGUUUUGGAAUUUCACCACUAAUCUCAAUGGCAUUUGUUUAUGCCCUUGGCAUGCCUCCCGUGUUGUGUAGUCACCGAUCAGUUGUUUUAUUCAAUAUAUAUAAAAAAAAAAUCUGUCAUUUAUUUGUUUUUUUGCA